GCAGCUUGAGCACUAAGUUCCCUGUUAGUCAGUGCUGGGGUACUGAUACAGCACAGCAUUAUUUUAUAAUAGCUAUAAAGCAUUCUCACAUUUCACUGUUAGUGAAAGGUUUGCAGACAUAAUGAAGACAGCUGUUGCACUCUUUCUCCUGAAUAUUGGAUUAAUACUAUGUAUUGAGGUUCCUGUGGGAUACAACAAUACCAGCAGAUUCAAGAAUCCCCCAGAAAGAUAUGCAAAUGGAGCCUGUGCCAUCAAGCUGAAGCCCACAGUGUGCGAUGAAGAUGAAGUCUGUGGUUAUCAGGUAAACCUUCCACCUCUCACCAUUCAGCUACCCAAGCAGUCAAAACUCCUCAAAAAGACUGUCAAACAGGUAAAAAGUCUAACAGCAACAGUAAAUAAGAUGAAGAGUAGGUGGCUGGAAGAAAAACAGAAAAAGCCUAUCCGUCAUGAUCAAGCUAUUGGAAGUAUAGAACAUGGCAGAGGUGAUGCCAACAGGAUAACUGUUUUGGAGAAGAAAAUUACCACACUAACAGGUUCAUUACAGCAAGCCAGAAAUCAAAUCAAAGCGCUUCAGGGUCGUUUGGAAAAGAUGAGUAUUCUGAAUAUGGACACUGUUUUGCAUUACAUUAACAAUGAGAUUUCAAAUAUUAAUUACACUGUGAAUACGUUGAACAACAAGUGUUAUACGACUUGUGCCGCUGUAGGUCAAGCAGUGAUACAAUGGGUGCCUCAGGAUUGCUCAGAUUAUUACAAAGUAGGACAUCGGAAAAGUGGCAUCUAUGAAAUUGCCAAAGGUGCUAAUAAAAGUUUUUCAGCUUAUUGUGAUAUGAAAACUCUGAACGGUGGCUGGACAGUACUACAGUCUCGCAAAGAUGGUAGUGUCAAUUUUAAUCGCACCUGGGUAGAUUACAAAAACGGUUUUGGGAACCUAUCAACAGAAUUUUGGCUGGGAAAUGACAAAAUACAUCUUUUGACAAAAUCCAAGGACAUGGUCUUGAGAAUUGAAAUUGAAGACUGGAAGGGCAUCCAGGAAUAUGCCUCAUACGAUCAUUUCUUCGUUGCAGAUGAAGAUCACUAUUAUCAACUGACUGUUAAUGGUUACUCUGGCACAGCCGGUGAUGCACUGCAUAACAUCAAGAAUUACGACCAUGAUCAAAAAUACUUCACCACCAAAGACAAAGAUAAUGAUAAUUACCCUUUGGGUAACUGUGGGGCCUAUUAUAGCUCUGGCUGGUGGUUUGAUUCUUGCAUGUCUGCCAAUCUCAAUGGCAAAUAUUACAAAAAGCUCUACAAAGGCAUACGAAAUGGUAUUUAUUGGGGCACUUGGCACAGUGUAGCAAGAGAAAUUCUGAAUGGCUACCGCCAUGCUUUUAAGUCAGUAAGAAUGCUCAUCAGGCCUAAAGCAUUUACGUCAUAGGUACAUGGCAACAAUAAGAAUUUGCAAAAGAUUGUAAAAAUGCUACUGGAGAGCUUUCUCUAUGCAACUGUGUUUAAGAGCUUUAUUUUAAAACAUAAUCUAUAACACCCAGCUCUAAUUCUUUAUCACUUUCCACAAACCCAUGACUACUUCUAUCAUGGAUUAUUGGUGGGUCAAAGCUUCCCCCAGACAAAUACUGGGAAGACUGAAGCCAUCAUUUCAUACCUCACUAUAAACUUCAUUCCUUUGCCACCAGCUCCAAUCAUAUCCCCAACUACUGACUCAGGAGGAACCAGAUUGUGCAGAACCUUUGUGUCUUGCUUGGUGCAGCGCUAAGUUUUAAACCCUUUGGUCAGAAUUUUGCGCUUGUCAGGCGGGCGCGUGCCCAACCCGAAUGAGUAUAAAAUGAUGCACAAUGAUGUCAGGCGAGCAUCCCAAUGUCAUUGCGCACUCGCAUAAUAUUUCAGUCAGCGGGCACGCAUGGGAGUUGGCAGCACGCCCGCCCACAAUUAAAAGACCUAUUAAGGCCACUAAUGUAAUAUUUGAAUUAAAUUUUUCACUGUCCAUCGAACCUUACAGUUAGCAGGCAGGUGAAAAGGCCAAGCAGCCUUUGGAUUUUUUGGAAACCUCAUCCACAGGUGGGCAUGCAUGUGCAAAAGUUCCUCACUCGCCCUCCUCCUCCCACCCCCACACAGGCAGCACUGAGCUCUGCAGCAUGCGUUUCAUGCUAGGCGGGCCUUAAUUGGCCCGCCAGUGUGAAAUGGCGGUCGGGCCCCGAUCGCAAGCAGCAGUCUGCUUCCCAAUCACCCCUGCUCGCCCCCGCCGAGCCUGCCCAAUGAGGGCAAAAUUCUGGCCCUUAUCUGAAAAAAGUUCGUUGACCUGAAACAUUAACUCUGUUUCUCUCUCCACAGAUUCUGCCUGACCUGCUUAGUCCCAGUAUUUUCUGUUUUUAUUUCCGAUUUCCAGCGUCUGCAGUAUUUUGCUUUUAGCUUCAAACCCCACAUCCUCUUCAUCACUGAUUCUGCUUAUUCUCACCUUUGCCCUUAUCUCCUGACUCUAUUGUCACCAAAAACUUCUUGCAUACUUUUCUCAUCUCUUGAGUUCAGUUCUUCAAUGACUCCUGGCUGAUUUCCCAUCAUCCAAUAUACAAUAACUGCAACUCGUCAAAAUGCCAGCCAUUUAUAUUCUGUUUUAUGCUAAAUCCGAAUCACCUAUCAUCCUGUCCUUGUUGAUCUACAUUAGUUCCCUCUCUUCCAAUGUAUUAAAUUUUAAAUCCUGGCAUUCAUCUUCAGAUCCCUCCAAGACCUUGCUCUGCCCUGUCUUUAACUUAAAGGCUCUUCAACACCUUUCAGUCUGCUGACUGGCCCUCCUGUACAUUCCUCUGUCACUUUUCCCUAACAUUGAUUGCAGUUUCUUCAGCUGUCCCGGCUGUAUUCUUUGGAACUUAUUUCCUGAACCCCACUGUCUCUCCAUGUCUCUCAUCUUUUAAAAACUUCUGAAAGCCACAUCUUUUCAACCAACCUUUUAGUCACCUGUCUAUGGCUCAACAUCUGUUCUUUACUUGAAAAAACAUCUUGAAACAUUAAGUAAGAUAUCUAUGCAAGUUCUUGUAAACAGAGAGGAGAAUAUGUAAAAGGAAUAUAUGUAUAUGUGGGUGUAAAGUUUUUCUACUGGUUAUUAAUUAGUGUAGUUGAGAUGCACCAGGUACUGGCGGUAUGCCAAAAAUUGAAAUGGGGCCCAAGGUCCAAUUUUAGGCAUGCCUUGGGCCAUGCAGUUGGGUCAUAAGCUGCCUAUGCAGUUCUGAAUUUAAGCCCAUAAAAUGGUCCAAAUGAAUUUCUACCCCCUCAUCUUUUAAGGAGCUGAAUGGAAACAAUUAGAAAAUAAAUAUUUUUUAUUUUUUUUGAAGAAUUUCACAAUUCUUAAAUUGGCUUUUCAAUUAAAAAUAAUUCUGUAAGAAAUUUAUCAAGAAUUAGCUUCAGGGGGUAUAAUGAUUAAUCAUUUCAUAACUUCAAAAGCAUUCUUAUUAUAGCAGAAAAUAGGAAUUUAAUUAACUGUGCUAUAUGAUAAAUAUUAAAAGUGAUUCUUUUAGCUCUAAGUAUAUUUUUCUAUUAGCUACACCUAAUAUUGUAUGUAAUUGGAAUGCUCAUCUAAUUUCAAAAGUAUUAUUUUGCACAAAUUACUCAUCAGUUUAAUGAUAAGGCCAGAGAGUUGAAAUACUGUAAGUCUGCCUAAUUAUUAGAGGAGUGCCAUUGAAAAAAAUCUAAAUAACUGCACUGUACAACACUGUUUUGAAAGAUGUAUAAAAAAUGAAUUUGCAUAUUAACUAUUCUCAUUAUGAUGCAUUUACCAUAUGCAUUAUUACAAACAAUGUAAACUGUUCAAAAUAAGUAUUUCUAUAAUAAAGCAAACAAUAUACAGAUAA